AUGGCGAUCCUUUUAGAUAAUCCCGUGGCUGCGAUUUCGUUGAAAAGCGUCGUAGUGUUGCCACUGUUAGCAGUGAUAUCGGGACUGCUUUACAUCGCAUACACUGCGAUUUACAAUUUAUUUUUUCAUCCUCUCAGAAAAUUCCCCGGUCCAAAACUAUGGGCUCUUCAUUAUGGCUUUUACGCUCGCCUGGAGCUCUCUGGUGAAGGUCAUCGCAGGAUGUUACAGAUACACCAAAAAUACGGCCCAAUUGUCAGAGUUGCCCCCGACCAUCUGGCUAUUUGCCACCCUGAUGGAAUGAAUAAUCUUUCAGGCCAUCGCAAGCCCGGCCAACUGGAAAAUGGAAAAGAAUUCGUCCGCACUGAGAGCAAUCCCGGCACCAUUAUUGGCGCGGACCGUCAAGAUCACACCCGAAUGCGAAAGAGCAUGGCAAACGCCUUUUCGCAACAGGCCAUGCUCGAUCAGCAGCCCUUGAUUGUAUCCUACGUCGAUAAGCUCUUUGAGAACCUUGAACGCUUCGCCGCGAAGGGAGAAGUGUUUGACGCUGUCGCCUGGUACAAUUACACGACUUUCGAUAUUGUGGGCGACUUGGCCUUUGGUGAACCCUUUGGGUGUCUUCAGGAAUCCACCUUUCAUCCAUGGGUUGAACUCGUCUUUAAAAGUCUUAAAAAUAUUGCAUUUGACUCGUCAUUUAGACGCAUGGGCUUUCUAUACAAUCUUCUUGUGAUGCUUACCCCAAAGUCUGUCAUGACCAAGUUUAUAGAACACAGAGAGCUGUCUGAACAGAAAGUCCGCAAGAGGCUCAACACGAAGACGGACCGAAAGGAUUUCAUGGCAUGCAUGACAUCUAGAAAGGGAAAAGAUGAACUGACUUUCCAAGAGCUCACUGCCAAUGCCAGCAUUCUCAUCAUGGCUGGCUCCGAGACAACCGCGACGGCGCUCUCUGCGGCCACAUACUACCUUGGCUUACACCCGGAGCCCUUGAAGAAGCUAUGCGAUGAAGUGAGGUCUGCAUUUCAAUCGGAAGACGAGAUUGAUCUCGUGAGUGUCGGUCGCCUAGACUACAUGCUCGCCGUUUUGAACGAAGCGAUGAGACUUCACUCGCCAGUCCCCGCUACGACGCCACGAACCAUUAAUGAGAUGGGCGAUACAAUUGGAGGCCAAUUCAUUCCUCCAGGAACUCAUAUUGACAUUUGGUACUGGACUUUGUUCCACAACCCCGAGUACUGGGUUCAGGUCGAAGAAUUUAUUCCCGAGCGCUGGCUGGGAGACGCACGAUUCGAUAGCGAUAAGAAGCAAAUCUUCACCCCAUUCUCUGUUGGGCCUAGAGGUUGUAUUGGCAAGAAUCUUGCUUAUGCUGAAAUGCGCCUCAUUAUGGCGAGACUCAUCUGGAACUACGAUAUCGAGCUUCUUGAUGAAAGUAUCGGCUGGGAUAAGAGGUGCGAAGUUUACAUCGUCUACAAUAAGGGACCUCUCUAUAUCCGCUUGAAGCCUAGAAAAUGA